GCUCGAUAUUCCUCUCAUUUGUUUCUAUUUUUUUCUUUCUCUUAUUUUUCAUUUUUUCAUCUUCUUCUUCCUCAGCUCUUUGAUUUUGAAUCUUGAUCUGUGAGAAGACUCUUCAACGUCAGCUUAAAACGUGAAUUUGUGGCAAAACCUCUCGUGUUCAAUUUGAUUGAAGCAAUCUCCAGAGGAGGAGGCGGGAAUCUCAAAUUUUGGAUCUUCCAGUGGCGGUCGGAAAUCCAAUGCGGUCUGCGAGAAGACCACAAGGAAGAAGAAUAGCGAUUAGGAACGAAACAGAGACGGAUUUGGGAGAGACGCAGGACUCUAGAUCGAGAAUCGGGAGGAAAUUGGGAUCGGAGAGGCGGAAUCUGAUCGGAUCUGAUGUUGGGUUUGGGAUUGCGUCCGGCGUCAGGAAUUAGGGUUUUGGAUUCGGUUUCUGUUGUCACUGUGGUGGUGCUGCACGACCAAGGAUGCAGCUUCACAUAUCGCCUAGCAUGAGAAGCAUCACGAUUUCGAGCAGCAAUGAGUUUAUUGACUUGAUGAAGAUCAAGGUCGCAGCUCGUCACAUCUCUUACCGAACUCUCUUCCACACCAUCUUAAUCCUCGCCUUCUUGUUGCCUUUUGUCUUCAUCCUAACCGCUGUUGUUACCCUCGAAGGUGUCAACAAGUGCUCCUCCAUUGAUUGUUUAGGGAGGCGGUUAGGUCCACGUCUUCUUGGUAGGGUAGAUGAUUCGGAGAGAAUAGCUAGAGACUUUUACAGAAUUCUAAACGAAGUAAGCACUCAAGAAAUUCCAGAUGGUUUGAAGCUUCCGGAUUCUUAUAAUCAACUUGUUUCGGAUAUGAAGAAUAACCACUAUGAUGCAAAAACAUUUGCUAUUGUGCUGCGAGCCAUGAUGGAGAAGCUCGAACGGGAUAUUAGGGAAUCUAAAUUUUCAGAACUUAUGAACAAGCACUUUGCAGCAAGUUCUAUUCCCAAAGGCAUUCAUUGUCUCUCUCUAAGACUGACAGAUGAAUAUUCCUCCAAUGCUCAUGCUCGUAGACAGCUUCCUUCACCAGAGUUUCUCCCUGUUCUUUCAGAUAAUGCAUACCACCAUUUUAUUCUGUCCACGGACAAUAUACUGGCAGCAUCAGUUGUGGUCUCAUCCGCUGUGCAGUCAUCUUCAAAACCCGAGAAAAUUGUCUUUCACAUCAUCACAGACAAGAAAACCUACGCGGGUAUGCAUUCAUGGUUUGCGCUCAAUUCUGUAGCACCUGCUAUUGUGGAAGUUAAAGGUGUUCAUCAGUUUGACUGGUUGACGAGAGAGAAUGUUCCGGUUUUGGAAGCUGUGGAAAGCCAUAAUGGUGUCAGGAACUAUUACCACGGGAAUCAUGUCGCUGGGGCAAACCUCACUGAAACAACUCCUCGAACCUUUGCUUCAAAAUUGCAGUCUAGAAGUCCAAAAUACAUUUCUUUGCUCAACCAUCUUAGAAUAUAUAUACCGGAGCUUUUCCCGAACUUAGACAAGGUAGUCUUCUUAGACGAUGAUAUCGUUGUCCAGAGAGACUUGACGCCACUUUGGGAUGUUGACCUUGGUGGUAAGGUCAAUGGAGCAGUAGAAACUUGCCGGGGUGAAGAUGAAUGGGUGAUGUCAAAGCGUUUAAGGAACUACUUCAAUUUCUCUCACCCGCUCAUCGCAAAGCAUUUAGAUCCUGAAGAAUGCGCUUGGGCAUAUGGUAUGAAUGUCUUCGAUCUACAAACCUGGAGGAAGACAAAUAUCAGAGAAACGUAUCACUCAUGGCUUAGAGAGAAUCUAAAGUCGAAUCUGACAAUGUGGAAGCUUGGAACCUUGCCUCCAGCUCUUAUCGCGUUUAAGGGCCAUGUUCAUAUAAUAGACUCGUCAUGGCAUAUGCUUGGGUUAGGCUAUCAGAACAAGACCAACAUAGAAAAUGUCAGGAAAGCUGCAGUGAUCCACUACAAUGGCCAGUCAAAGCCAUGGCUCGAGAUUGGUUUCGAGCAUCUCCGGCCAUUCUGGACGAAAUACGUCAACUACUCGAAUGAUUUCAUCAAGAACUGUCACAUCUUGGAGUAGCAAAACCGAAACUUUCAGAUGGUAUUGAAGGUACAACGGGUGUAAAAGACAGAGGAAGAGAUUAGGAAGUAAAAAAGCAGAGAUUAAAGACGAGCACUGCAGAUUUUACUCACAGUUUAAAGAUUCAGAAAUUUAGUUUGCCACAUACAUAAGAAACUUGUUGCAGCGAAGGGGAAAAGCUGCAUAAGAGAAAGAGAGAUAAAGAUUCAUUCUUCUGUAAAAUAGAAGGUAUCCUUUUUGAAAUUCUUUUGGUUUCGAUUGGGAGACUCCAAUUCUUGAAUCUUUUAUAAGGAUGGGAAAGAUUGGAUUUUUUUUUUUUGGUUUAUUAAGGGGUCAUGACCAAAAAGGCCAGUUGUUGAUAAUUGAAGAACAGAACAAUUAUACAUUUGUUGCAUUUGUUCCA